CUCACACCGAGCAGCACUCGCUCAGCACUGGUCCUCUCCUCUCCUCUUCCCAUCUCUCCCUCAAAAACAAAACAGAUGGUGGAAAAACAGCACAUCUGCCCGCGCGCGCCGCAACAAUAGAUCGCAUCGAGCCGGAGUCGCGCCUGGUCAUGCCCGCGUCCGAGAGCUGCUAGAGAUCGGUGUGUGUGUGUGUGUUUAUUUGUUUUUAUUCAUUCGCCUUUCACAACGGCUGCCGUGGGAGGACCGCGCGUCUUUCUAGGCUCUCCAACGAGAGGAGAAGAUGGCCGCCAUUAAGAUUUUAACCAGCGCGGGGCUUUUCUUGGCGUUUUGCGCUCUGGUCUUGUUAGCUAUGGCCAUCUGCACCGAUUACUGGUACGAGACGGAUGCUCGGCGGCACCGGGAGCGCUGUAAGAACUACGCAAACAAGCGUAACGAUCGCGGAUACAUUUACAUCUCAAAUCACAACUUGCCGCUCCAGAUGCCUCCGAAGGGCUACGAGAGGAAAGCGACGGAGCCGCGCGUGAAGCGGCACAUCCCGGCGUCCGCCACGGCGAUGGAGUCUCACUGCAGCCGCCAGUUCAACUCCACUAUCUCUGGGCUGUGGAGAAAGUGUCACCGCGAGGGCUUUGACCUGGAGACCGAGGAUCUCAUUGGCAAGGGGUUCAUCCAGAGAUGCACCCCAGUGAAGUAUCAUUACACCUCUUCAAUCCUGCCUCGAAACCUCCCCGCCAACAUCACCAAGACCAUCCGGCAGGAUGAGUGGCAUGCGCUGCAUCUGCGCAGGAUGACAGCAGGUUUUGUGGGCAUGGCUGUCUCUAUCAUCCUCUUUGGCUGGAUCAUCGGCGUUCUUGGAUGCUGCCAGCAACAUGAUCUCAUGCAGUAUGUAGCUGGACUACUCUUCCUCAUGGGCGGAACCUGCUGUAUUAUCUCCCUCUGCACGUGUGUGGCGGGCAUCAACUUUGAGCUGUCGCGUUACCCGCGAUACUUGUACGGCCUUCCAGAGGACAUCAGUCACGGCUACGGCUGGUCCAUGUUCUGUGCCUGGGGUGGACUGGGCCUCACCCUGCUGGCCGGUUUCUUAUGCACACUGGCCCCUUCUUUAAGCAGCCCGCUGGCCCGCACCACAGUCCACAAGUCCAGGCACGAAAACGGGACUGUGUGACCAGACACUUCCUGGAGCAACUUUUCUGAAAGUCUGCAUUAGGACGAAACGUUUGUCCUGUUCAUCCUCAUCAUGCAGUAUAUUGACUGGAUCGUCCCUCUGUCCGUUUUCAUAUGACUUGUGUACGCUGUCCAUUUGUUCAGAAGUCUAUAAGUGUUCUGAACAGAGUGCAGAGGAGCAAAUGGAUCCACAUGCACAGACCACCAAGCAUCUUCCACUCUCUCACGUGUCUCACUCUGGUUCUUUGUGGCACAAAAAAAGCCCGAUUUUCACUUCGCUUCAAGACAUGAGAAGCAAACAAGAGGUGAUGGUCUUCUCCUGUCUACAAGAAGAUUUGUAAUAAAAUGGUGCUCUCUUUUCAAAGAUCUCACAACUGCACAAACAUCUUUUCAAGAGGACAAAUAAAUACAGAGGUUUUACUUCUAGCUGGAGGACUGUAAGCCUGAAAUCAAGGAAGGAGAGAUGAGAGUAUUUCUGAAGCACAUUAGCGAAAGCCUCAAAGAGUCUGUAUGCGUAAAAAAAGUUUGAUUUUGUCUAGAUAUCGGGUCUGCAUUUGUAUGAAAUUAUCAGCACAGACUCAUUGGAAAUACAUGCCCCUUCCUACAUUUUUGUGAAUACGUUGCUCUGAGUACCGUCAUUGCAUAUUUCAGAUGACAAAUCCACUAGAGGGCGCUGCAUUUUUGCAAAUCUAAAAGGCAUCACUUAUGCUGGAUACACACUGAAAGGUUUAUACAUCGUAUACCAUUUUUUUGUCAGAGAUGACAAACAUGAGGACAAAAAAUAUCCUAGAUCAUUCCAGACCAAGCCACAUCCUUCACCAUUUUCCUCGUAUAAUGUUCAAUUCAAUUCACCUUUAUUUGUUAUAGCGCUUUUACAAUGUAGAUUGUGUCAAAGCAGCUUCACAUAAAAGGUCAUAGUAAAUAGGAACAGUGUUGUUCAGUUGAGCUCAGUUCAGUGUGGUUUAAUAAUCACUACUGAGAGUCCAAACACUGAAGAGCAAAUCCAACGAUGCGCAGCUUUACAGAUCCCAAACCAUGCAAGCCAGUGGCGACAGCGGAGAGGGAAAAAAAACUUCACUAAUUGGCGAAAGUGAAGAAAAAAAACCAUUGAGAGAUACCAGACUCAGUUGGGCAUGACCAUUUUAAUUUCUCCGCUGGCCAAAUGUCUUGUGCAGAUAAUGUGAGAUGUGACAAAAACAGCACGCCACACACCAACAGAUAUUUAACUAGAGUCCCAAAUGUGAACACAAAAUCUCUCGAGAUCUGAGAAUAAACAUGUCGAAUGAAUAAAUGAAUAAACUAAUAAACAUUUGUGUGUUGCCACAAAUCGACAAGCUGAUCCUCCAUCUGUGCUGUCCAAAUAGAUUUCACUUUGGUGUGCCAUGACAGAGAUUGAUAUUCUUCUUGAUUUCUGACUGGAUAUUGUUUUGUUUAUUAAGUGAUAAUAUCCGGCUCAUAUGCAUGUUCGCUCUGUUGAAUUUUAAGAAGUUGAGAUUGGAGCACUGCUGACA